AUGGAGAAUUUUGUGCUCUAUGAAGAAAUAUGCACUUGGGACGAUCAGACAAUUUACAAGGCCCGACGAAAAGGGACCAUCACAUUUCUCGCUAUUUCUUGUAUCGAUAAGAAACGGAGAACUCUUGUUACAAAUCAUGUUCGAUUUGCCCAUGGAUUUGAUCACAAAAACAUACUUAAGUUUCAUGAGUGGUACGAAACCAGCAAUCAUCUGUGGCUUGUGAUGGAUCUUUGUACCGGUGGAACACUUGACAGAAUGCUACGAGAGGACAAAAUGUUCCCUGAACCCGCGUUGGCAGAUCUUGGGCGGCAGUUAGUAGGUGGACUUCAGUUUAUUCAUUCAACCGGUGUUGUUUUUGCUGACUGGUUUCCUAGUAGACUUAUUCAAAUGAUUCGCACAGGUGAAAUUGAGAUUCCGCUACGUUCUAAUCGCAAGCCCAGUAAAGAACUGUGGGACUUGCUUUGUGCAAUGCUAACCAAAAAUCCACUUCGAAGAAUAACGCUUGAAGACGUUGCUAGGCACCCGUUCUGGCAGAUAAGCCCACCAAGUGAAAAUGCUCUCGCCAAAAGCCCCCUGGGUAGUGAUUCUGCUCAGCGCACAAAUUCAAUUACGGUUCUAAAGAGGUCCGUUUCCAUGGGCGAUAGUGCGUUAGCUAGCGCAGCGCUGCUCCAGGACAAAAAGGCUGUUGGGAAAGCUUCGGUGUUGCAGAAGGAGGCCGUGGUGAAGAAAGUCAGCACUACUCAAACAACCUGUCCCACAGAGGCAUCGGGUACAAAAACUUACAACCUGCCAAUGGGUGAAGCCAACUUUACUCUUCAUGCCCAAGCAUGCCCUGUUACCAUAAAUCGUGAAGUUAAUGACACAAGCAGAGCCUCCAAAACUGGAACUGGUACCAAUAACGACGAUCUCCUGGGGGCGAGUUCUCGAAGGGACUCCAAGCUCAGUACUACGGGCGAUUCUGCGCAGACCACACCUUAUGAGUCGCAUGAAAGUCUUCACCCCCCUCUCUCUCCAGUGACUACGGAUGACAGAAUGACAAAAAGUGAAUACGUUUUUCGUGAAUCAGAUGGAUCUAAUCGACCUGAAAGUUCACGACUUCGCCACUCACAUCUUAGCUCCAAGUGUUUGGCGCUUGUAUCUGCACAGACGCGUGCUCGAAUUGCACUAAUUUAUCCCUGGGGGGACGAAUCUGCAACUCUGCCACUGGAGACGCGGUUAGCCAAGGCGCAAAACGUUUAUGAGUGGAAGGACAUUUUGGCGUCAGAUGAACUUGAGGAAUUCGGGAGUCCUCAUGAGAACGAAAAAGAGGGUGACGUGAAGCGUCGACGCAGCCCAUCCUGCAUUCCGCAGCCCUUGGGUGACUACGACAAGUGGAUGCGCAACCCACCCACGACCAGCAUUCGUCUCCCGGGCGAUAUCACUCAACUGUCACCGGAGGAUCUUGAGUUGUCCUCUCUUGACGAAGUCAACAUUCAUGCUGAUGCUUUGCUUGAAGUGAUGUCGGACUUAGCCACGUCUCAUUCUCCCAAAGCGCGUCCCUCCGACUACCUAAGCUAUAUUGCAUGGUUCCUUGCCGUAACCACCCUAAAGCACACUAAAGGUGACUCCAAGAAACCCAAUUUUGAAGCCAAUUUCAACAACUCUAUUUUGCGAACCAAGCAUUACAUGAAUAAGGCCGUAGCUCUACUAAAGCCCAACACGACCACAGGGAACGUGCGGAUGUGGAUUUGCCGAAUUAUUGGCCUCUUGGCCUACCGUGCCGCCUUUAUGAUCAAGUACUACGGUGACGACCCGAAUCGACAGUCGCUUAUUCACACGCUGGUUUACGAAGUCGCGCCAGAGUUGCCUGUCCUAGUAACAGCUGUUGUGGAUCUUCUACGCGAGCCAGCCUCCAAGGGUGUCUUUCCACUGAAACAGGCGGGCAUAACAGCAUUGGGAGAGCUUCUUGUCUGUGAGAUGUGCAUAUACGGUCAAGUGUUCUCGGAUCCGGCGCAUUGUGGGAGUUUGCCUCUCGAGGGUUAUGACGUUCCACGAGCCCAGUGGCAGUCUGCCCUGCUUCAGGUUAUUCGUUCACUUGCUCCAGCGAAUUCGCGCUCUGGAAGCGCUUCUCAGACUCGGACAGCCUUCGGUGCUACCCAGGUGAGGCCUCUUGAACGUGGAACUUCCUCGGCGUCGGCGUCGGCCUCGGGUAGUUCGUUUACUGUUAAAAUGACCGAGGAGAGCGUUCGUCUCGCUGCAGCGCGAGCUCUUAAUGAAACUGUGAUUGUUGUGAUCGGGUGUAAACUGGCGCGGUUAACUCAACGCCUGGACAUGCGGGAGCUCGAUAGGAGCCAUCCAGGCGUUCAACUGGCUGUUUCACUCUCCGCCUCGGUCAGCUCCUUCCUAGAAUGCCUCCUCACACCGGAGAAUGUCAGUAGAGUUUGGGCCGAUGGUGUACUGGGCGGCUGCGGUGGUGGUGCGGACGGCAAGGCUUCACUCCCGGCUAUUGCAGCUAAGCACCCCACAUCACAGCAGGUCGCCCACACGUCGGCCAGCGCUCUGGCUGGUUUAAUACGUCUCCGACCUUCUCUGUUCAUGUGCGGUCUCAUCGACCGAAAUGGGACCGCUGCGUUUAUGCAGAAAUUCAACCCCUCUACCGGAUCCAGGGAAAGCCAAACUACGACAUUCAUGGCCUGCCUCCUGUCAGCGACGACUAUUGGUUUACUCCUGCCCCUCUCGUUCCGUGGUAAACCACUCGGCUCGUCGUCGCUUCGCAUUGGGCUCAAAUCAGGCACUCCGGUGGCCUGUCGGCGUCUUCUCAACAAUCCCCGCUUCAUGGCGGCAAUCACACGCCACUUUGAGUCGCCCCAUGUGAUGCUGCGUGCCAAGGCGUACCUGCUAACUGCCGCCGCGCUCGACUCCUCCACCGCCUGCAGCGACAACCUCGUGGCAGCCUGCGAGGCGCGUCUUCCCUCGUGCCUUGAACGCGACCUUCGAAUGACCAACCAGCACUACACCCCCAAGACGCUGCUCGAGGAGGACAGUGUGCUCAUCGACGGUGACGAAAGCAGCCACGAGGCUGCCAGCAUGCAGGGCAGUGUCUCAGUGGCGCCUGAACUGCGUUACCUAGGAAUUUGUGUCAGACACCUCUCCGACCUGAUCAUCUACAGUCUGGUGCCGAAUAUCUGCAAGCAGAUCGCAAUUGCCAUUGGUGCGCAUCCAGCCCCUGUUGCGCGAACCGCCUCCAAGGCUGCCACAAAGUCAGCCAAGCCCUCCGCGAUGAUGACGUCGAGCACGUACCAGGAGCGCUCCAAGCGCAAUGUUGCCUCCGCCGGUGCUGCCAGUCGACUCCAUACAGGCGCCACCUCCAACGUCGGCGCUUCCGGCGUCUCCCUCAAGACCUGGCUACCCGCGUUCUCCUGCCUCCCCGUCAUCCUUGCCUCGUCUGCCUCUGUGCGAAACAGCCUACUGCUGCCUGCAACGGACAGCGCUUUCGAGUGCGAAGGACACUUCUGCUUGAUUGAAUUCAUCUCAAAAAUCCUCGAUCACUGGGCUUCGACAGUCGGCACCUUCUCGGGAAUCCACCAGCCCGGCAGCCUGGAGCACCAGCUGUUGGGCCUGUUGCUCGCACUGGCCGAGGACAUGAGCCGGCAGCUCGACGUCGUUGAGGGCAGACGCGCCGACCUCAUCAAGUGCCUCCUGCCCGCCCUCGCACGACUAGCGGUCGCACCUGUCUCCGACUCCAUCACUCGCGCCAUCUGCGUGAAGAUCAUUCUGGACAUGAAGAAUGUGUGGUGUGGUGGCGGUGAGGACAACGACUCCGUGACCUCGUCCAACAUUAGCCUCAAUCUGCCGAGGAGCCCCACAAGUCGUGCUCCCGGCCUCACGCGCUCGCCGCUCUCCAGCGACCGGCUGAACCUGAACAACUCCGCGGUGCCGGCCUCCCGCACCACCGCCCCCGGCCACACGACCUCCCUUCGGGGCGGCGAGAACAAACGACCCUCCUCCUCCUCCGCCGCCUCCACUCGCUCUUCCUCGUCGCGCGUCUCCUCCUACCGCCCCAACAGCUUCUACGGCAAGAGCUCCAGUGGAGUCAGCAGUCUCCGCGGCUACCGCUUCACGCCCAACCCCAAAUCCGGUGUCCAGGGUCCCUCGCCUGAGGUUCUCCUUGCCGUUGUCGACAUUGUAAACAACCUUCUCAUCCCCUAUGCGUCUCGUCUACUGGACCCCAAUGAACCCGCGCCAUCCGCCUACUUCCUGCGCCUCCUUUUGGACUGCCUCCACUCGCCGCCUCCCCCGUCCCCUGCCGCCACCACUACCACCGCCACCACCACCACGCCGCUCUCACCGAACCGUCACCAGCCAUGUGUAAAUAGCCGCCUCUUGCCCCCCGUCUACGUCGCCGCUUGGCGCACCUCCGGUCUUUGUGCACGCUUCGUGCACUUCCUCGCCGCCUGCGACGCUGGAAGCCACCGAUUCUCCGCGCACUGUCUCCUCGCCCUACGCCUACUAUCCACCCUCUUCUCCGACUACCCCCACGAAACAGGCCUCCUCGAUCUCCUCAUUGAGCCUCCUAUCAAGCAAAAGCAUAAUAUCGUCAGUGUUGCCUUCGCAAUGGUGGUCGCCAUGGGUAGUUCCAUUCUUCGUCGCGGGCGACGUGAUUCCGAUGUGGGAUCAACGAACUCCCCGGUGCCGAAGGUGCGCUCCGCGACUCCCUCCUCAUCACGUGGACGUCCGGUUUUAUUGAAGAUUUCAGCGGAAACAGUCGGCGUGCCGCAUCUGCUUGCAGCGCUAGAUCUACUAAACGUUUUGCUGACGAUAAUCGCAGAUGUUGUGCGUUACGCGCUCCUCUGCCGACAGCAAAAACAAACUCCGAAUCAGCGUCCAGUCCCUUCCUCUGCACGAAGCAGGACAAAUGGCUAUGGUAUUAGUGCUUACUUACCCAAGGACGCGGAGAGUGUUUGCGCCGUCGCAGAACAGCUUUUGUCGACCGCUCGACCGCCAAACCAUCUGCCAGGAAUUCUCGCCUCCCUCCUUGAAGCCUCGUCGCCAGACUCUCUUGACUCUGAAUAUACACCCGAAAAUGCUGAACAUGACAACGGCGACGUGUUCACCUGCGCCCCCCAAUCACCAGCCGAGCACUUGGUUGCCUCGGCAACUGCCUCUCUGGCUAGUCUUGCGUCUCUCUACGGUGGGGAGUACUGUCGCACCGCGCUGUCCGCUGCGGGUCUGCGUGGCUUCGCGGUGGCUAUUCGUCGGCGUCGUCGACGCAGCCGCACGCGACUGCUUCUGCGCAUCCUGCGUCGCCUCUGCGAGUCCGACACAAUGUGCACGCGGCGCAUGACCAGCCCCGCCGCGAAGCACCUCCAGUCGGCGAUCUGGCGGCUGCGCUCAGCCCACGACGUCGACGGCGCCGGCGACUUCGACACCCAGGACGCCGCCACUGUCCGCUUGGCUGGGGCGCUGCUAGAGCGACUGCACUCUCAUCGCGGCGCCCUGCUUCUCUGA